UCACAAAGUAUCGCUCUCGUCAUCUUCUAAUAUAUCAACAAAACGAGGGUUCGAUCCCCAGCAGCAGCAGUUCCCAAAAAUCCCAAAAAAAUCCCACGCCCAAUUUCUCGCGCGCUUUUAACAAGAAGUAAUGCAAAUCGCCGAGAAAUUGAAACCUAAGAAGCGAAAAUCACAAAACAAUGCUACUGACGAAUCUCCGGCACCGUCCAUGCCGGAAAAAGUUUCCGGCGGAGAAUCUCCGGCGGGAAUCUCGGUCUCAUUGUUCGAUUAUUCAGUUGAGAAUCACUUUAAAGCAGUUGAUACUAUUUCUAAACUCACCGGCGUACCGGAAAUUGAUGAUACUGAUAAAGAUGAACUUAAUCGCUUAGCUUCCUCCAUCACAUUCUUAACAGAAUGGCGAUAUCUCAAUUACGAAAGCAGAGAAGUUAAAUUUGCUUGUGAGAAUGAGAAUUCUAAAGGAAAAGAUGUGGUUGGUGAAAUAAGUUUGCCUCAAUUCUCUUCGGCGGAGGUUCCGAAGAAGCAGUUGGUGAAUGAGCAGCCAGUUCCGAAGGAAUCGAGCAAAGACUUUGUAAUGUAUGUUGGAGGUCUGGUGUGGGGGAUGGACUGGUGUCCCCAAGCUUAUGAAAAUAGGGAUGCUCAUAUCAAAAGUGAGUUUGUUGCAAUUGCUCCUUAUCCUCCUGAUUCAUCACAUCACAAGAUUGGUGCCCCACUUACAGGCAGAGGUGUGAUUCAGAUAUGGUGUCUGUUAGAUCUCAUUCAAACAGAUUCUUUUGUGAAAGAAGAUUAUUUAGCUCAGGUUAACAAAAAGACAAAUCAAGAUCCGACAAAACGUGAAGCAGCUAAGGGAGAAACAUCUGGACCUCAAAAACCUAAAGGAAGACCGAGAAAGAACCCUGAUGAAGCAGUUAAGGGGGAAUCAUCUGGACCUAAAAAACCUAGAGGAAGACCGAGAAAGAACCCUGAUGAAGCAGUUAAGGAAGAAGCAUCCGGACCUCGAAAACCACGAGGCAGACCUAGAAAGAAACCUGUAACUGAAUCUUUAGGUGAUAGAGAUUGUGACGACCUCAAUUUACAACCUCUUGCCAUAGAGUACCCGCAGCAAUCAACUGAACUUCCUGUAGAUUUGUCUUGCGGAAAUAUGAUUAAAGCCCAAGUUGAUUUUGGGCAAAAUCAAGAAAGAUCUGUUAAUGCGGCAUCUCUAGAUUCUCAGCUUAUUGCUUCAAAGAGGAGAGGGGUGAGAAAUAAGGCAAGAUUGAAAGGUCAAACUGAGAAUUCUGGUGUGACUUCGUUAACACAAGAUGUUGCUGAAGAGUCUCCAGUUGUGGGAGGGGUGAGAAAUAAGGCAAGAUUGAAAGGUCAAACUGAGAAUUCUGGUGUGACUUCGUUAACACAAGAUGUUGCUGAAGGGUCUCCAGUUGUGAGUUCCCAGACAUAUGCUAGCAAUGGUCUUGUUUCAGCAGGGUCCAAUGAGAGUGGUGCCUCUGCAAAGAGAAGAAAAAAAGGAAAACAAAGAAUGGAAAACCAAACCCAUGAUUCUACCUUGCCCUUGCUAAUGCAAGAUGUGGAUGAAGAAUCUCCCAACAUGUCCCAAAUACCUGAGAGCCCUGGCAUUGUUUCCUCACGGUUUGAUGAGAAUGGUUCUCAUAUAAUGCAGCACAUACCAACGGAUGUUUCUCUACCUAGAAUGGUAUUAUGUUUAGCUCACAAUGGAAAAAUAGCAAGGGAUGUUAAAUGGAGGCCUUUAAAUCAUCGUGAUGUCUCCAGACAUAGAAUGGGUUAUCUUGCUGUGAUACUGGGAAAUGGAGCUUUAGAAGUGUGGGAGGUUCCUUUUCCUCAUACAAUUAAAGCUGUCUAUCCUUCACUUCAAAAGAAGGGUACUGACCCUCGUUUCCUGAAAUUGCAACCUGUACUCAGAUGUUCAAUGCUGACGUGCUCUGAUGGGCAAAGCAUUCCGUUAACAGUGGAGUGGUCUGCUUCACCUCCGCAUGAUAUGAUUCUCGUUGGAUAUCAUGAUGGAGUGGUUGCCUUGUGGAAGUUUUCAGCCAAUAAUUCAUCUAAAGUCUUUUUGCCUGCAGACACGAGGCCUUUGCUUUGCUUCAGUGCAGAUACAGGUCCUAUUCGGGCGCUUUCCUGGGCACCGUUUGAAAGUGAUUCCGGGAGUGCAAACAUUAUCAUCACAGCUGGUCACAAGGGGCUGAAAUUUUGGGACUUAAGGGAUCCCUUCCGUCCUUUGCGGGAUUAUAACGUGGGCCAGGGAGUGAAUAUAAGCGGUGUGGAUUGGUUGCCAGAGCCAAGAUUUAUCGUAAUAUCAUGUGAUGAUGGGACACUAAAGAUCCUGAGCUUGCCGAAGGCUGCAUAUGAUGUACCUGUCACAGGAAACCUUUUAGUUGGGACGAAACAACAGGGAUUCCAUAAUUUCACUCGGUCUCUACUUGCGAUAUGGAGUGUGCAAGCUUCUCCAGUAACAGGCAUGGUUGCAUAUUGUGGGGCAGAUGGUACAGCUGCUCGGUUUCAGAUGACUAGCAGAAUGGUGAGUGAUGCUAUGAGGAAUCGUACCCCACAUUUUCUGUGUGGAUCAUUUUCCGAGGCUGAAUCAGGUAUCACUGUCGUUACUCCAGUGCCAAAUAUUCCCUUUCGAAUGAUCUACUCAGGGAAACAGUGGCGUGAUGCCACCCCGAGAUCUCCACAUGGUGUCAACCGAGCGAUAGAGCAAUCAGAUCAACAGCCGCUGGCUCUAUGUUAUGGCAAUGAUCCGAACGUUGACGGAGGAUCAGAUGACGAGUUAGUGGCUCAGAAAAGUAAUCAAACGUCCAACACAAAAACAAAAACCACGAGCAAGAGUACGGAAGCUGUUGAAGAAGAGCGAAAAAGAUUGAAGGAGAAAUUCGAAGUGUUGCCUCCCAAAAAUUUGUCGAUCAAUCGAGUAAGAUGGAAUAUCAACAAAGGUAGUGAGAGAUGGCUAUGCUACGGAGGAACUGCCGGGCUGGUACGCUGUCUAAAGAUUGAUUUAUAUACUGUUUGAGUAACUAACUACGAGAGGAGGAUGUAGAUUGUAAGCUUGUAUUAGUAUUAAAUUAGCAAUGUAUACACUAUCUAUAAGUUAUCCCCUUAGAAUUAGUCUAUGUUGUUGUAUGUAUAUUAGCAAUUUCAAGAGAAGUAUUGGGGUUCAUUGAGCAUUGUUCAUUAACCCCUCCUUGAGAACUUUAGGCUAUGUUUGUAAUUGUAAACACUCGGUACGAGUAAGUCUUAACCUAGUAUAGUGCUUAGUUUUUAAUGAAUAAUAUCUUUACUUUACCAGAAAAAUAAAACGAGCAUAAAUGUUUC